ACUUCCGCUAAUGACAAAAAAAUAAUUUUCUGCAAUGUGUUUUUCAAUUUUAUCUUUUUUCGCUUGAUUUCUGUCCAAAAAUAAAUACUGUCAACGCCAAAAAUGAAUAAAGGGUCAAGUAAAGAUUCAGGCACCCUGUUCUCUGUGCCACUGAGAACGCUUCAUGUGGCCUUUGCAGUGAUGACUGGUGGAAGUUUCAUCUCCUGUAUUUUGAUCAGUCUGCUGUUUGAUUUUGAGUCCGCUACAGCCACACAUUGUCAGGUCCGAAACUACCUCCCAUCGAUAAGUGCUGCCAUUGGCUUCGCCCCCCAGCGAUAUAUAUGGAGAAUCAGCAUAGCUUUGAUCGCAGCCAGUCAUUAUCUUCACAUUGUCUUAACUUACAAAUACUUCUCAAAGAGCUUCAAUGUAUAUCAACAAAGUCUUUACCAGGCUGUCGUGAAAUUUUCUACCCUGAUUGCCUGUAUGGAGAUUAAUGGCCUAGUUGGACUGACUUAUGUCUCUUCAACAGAUAACUAUUCUCUCCAUGAGAAAUGUUUCAUAGUCUUCAUAUCGUGUGCCAUAACUUAUAUGUUUAUGUAUCUGGUUGUGAUACGAUGGGCACACGAAUGGCAGCCACUCAGAGGCAAGAUACUCAAGGCAUACAUCCACAAGCGAAACACAUUUCUAUUCAACGCUGGUAUAUUUGCACUGGCUGUUUACUUUUUCAUUAGACAUAAUACCUAUUGUGAACCUGGAGUGUACAGCCUGUUUGCCCUGUGUGAGUACCUGGUCGUCCUCUCCAACAUCUACUCUCAUCUCAUCGAGUCUCUCUUCAUCUUUGACGACCGAGAAUAUUCCAUACGAUACCCAGAUUCUCACGACAAUCACAGCAGUUGACUUGGAAUUUGCCCAUGCAGGGUUACCCACCAAGGCACGAUAGAAUUUCCUUAAGUGUGCUGUUUUAUUUCGUAUUGGUUGUAGGUUAUUUCUUGUUUAUGCGUUCACCUGGCAAAUCAGUCCCCUAUUCUUUGAGGAAGGUCCAGUGGCCCAGUGCUGGUUCAUGGCCUUCCAGUGGUUGCUUUCAGAUAAGAAUCUUCUUUAACAUUGAGCAUGUUCAACACAUGGGCAAGGAAUAACAUUGUAUAUUCUGCAUGGACGUUAUGCAUUCAUUUAUUUGGAAUACCAGGGAACCUCCCUUAGUGGACACCUCUGUAAGCAGGAUGCCCUCUAUUCAGUCCCAAGGGUUUCCUUAAGAGAGAUUCUUCUGUAUUCAGUUUAGAUUUUCACUUCGUUUCUCAAGGGCAUUUCCUUUGAGACAUAGCAUAAUUUAUAGAUAGUUAAGUAAUAGAUGGCCUAAUUACUAGGUUGUGGGUUUUCAUCUCGUCCUCUGUUAUGAUUUAUACUUUUUUACAGCGCUGAGUGCAGCUUUAAGCCGGGUAUUAGUUAGUACUAGUAGAAGUACUAACAUUUUCUUAGAAGUUCUGCUCGAUCUGUGUGUAUUAACUGCAUGCAUGAAGAAUACAUAUAUCUAUUGUAUGGAUAAUGUAUGUCACCAUAUUGUUUUAGUGUAGUUGUAUGUUAAACUUGGAGGGAACAUAUCAAAUAAAAAAGAUACUUAAUAUUUUAGGAA